CCCAUCCGAAUCGUCCAAGUCUCGCUCGGCGCGGUACUUUCCGGUUCCGACACCAAAACUAAACACAGCCCAAUCCGCAUCCCGGUGGGGUGAUCGAUCCAGCGACAGCAGCAGCACCGCAACGAUGGUCAACCACACAAUCAUGAUGAAUGCCAUGAUAGGCUUGCAUGCGUUCCAUGGCGUAUGGUCGAUAGUUAUCAUGGGAGUGAUCGGCGCUAGCAUGACACAGACGGGAUCCGCGAGCGGAGCGGCAAGAUUCAUGUUCGCGAUGUGCUGGCUGAACAUACCUACGUUGAUAUACCUCACCAUGUCGCCGCGAUUCCCGCGGACAAAGAUUCUGGCGCAUCCGUACUGGCUGAUGGGCAUGAACACCAUAUACAGUAUCUUGUGGUUUGCUGCGUUCGUCUCUCUCGCCGUUUACACGAACGGUGGAAUCAGCGACGGAGAAUCGAAGGAGACCGAUGAGAACAAGAAGAAGGCGGGUGGAUGCGCCGUCUUUCAGGCCGGUACGGGAGAGACGGAGAAGGCAUGUACGCUGAACAAGUCUAGUAUUAUUCUUGGCGUCUUCAUGUGGUUCGUAUGGCUCGCAACUACCGGAAUCGCUGGGUACGCCGCUUGGUACUUCAAGCAGCACACCAUAUCGCCGUUCGACGACUACAAGUCCCCGUCGCAUGAGAUCCAGGAAGCCACCCAGGCCGCGUUCUCGAGCAAUGACGACUACGCGCCUCUCAACAGGACUACCCCCCACCAGCAAGAAGAUUUUGACGAAUACGAUACCGAAGCUUCUCGUCCUCCCACUCACGGACGCAGUGGAAGCGUUGCCAGCUCGACAUACAACAGCACAUACUCGUAUGGAGAAGCUGCUCACCCGGGAAGGCCACUCAGCUGGGCGGCCGAGCGCGAGCCAUACGCUGGAAUAGGCGGACACGCGCCAAUCGCGCCUGCUCACGGCGAUGCCAUGAUGCCCGAUAUUCCGGACGACUACAGCUACCGGGGGGGAGGAGCUCGGGGAUAAGGCAAAGCGACUGUCCAAGCAAUUUCG